CUACACGUUUGUAAACGAACAGGAAUAACUUAAUACAGUUUAUUAUCUGAAAUCUGCGGGACAUUAUAUAUUAAAGAUGGAGUUUAUUAAAGAAGAGAGUGAUCCAGAACCAUGCAAAGUAAAAAAUGAAGAUACUGAGGAACAAAUAGACCUCAUGGAAGUGAAAGAGGAAAGUCAAGAACUGACAUUGGAGGAAAAACAUCAGUAUGAGGAACCUCAUUUCAAAACUGUAGAAAAACCUUUUAGUUGCUCAGAGACUAAAAAAUUCCCAAGGAAAAGAUGUCGAAGAACUGGAGCCCAAGUUUUUUUCACCUGCCUUCAAUGUAAAGAGAGUUUCACAUCUAAAGAACAACUUAUGGGACAUUUUAGAGUUCACUCUGGAGAGAAGCCUUUCCCAUGUGAUCAGUGUGGAAAGAGUUUUUUUAAUAAAGCAAGCCUUAAGAAUCACAUUAAAGUUCACUCUGGAGAGAAGGUUUUCCCUUGCAAUCAGUGUGGAGAGAGUUUCAGUCAAAAAGCAACCCUUAAGAAUCACAUUAGAGUUCACUCUGGAGAGAAGCCUUUCCCAUGUCAUCAGUGUGGAAAGAGUUUCAGACAUAAAGCAACCCUUAAGAAUCACUUUAGUGUUCACUCUGAUGAGAAGGCUUUCCCAUGUCAUCAGUGUGGAAAGAGUUUCAGUCAUAAAGCAACCCUUAAGAAUCACAUUAGCAUUCACUCUGGAGAGAAGGCUUUCCCAUGUGAUCAAUGUGGAAAGAGUUUUGGUUAUAAAUCAACCCUUAAGAAACACAUGAGCCUUCACUCUGGAGAGACGCCUUUCCGAUGCGAUCAGUGUGGAAAGUGUUUCAGUCAUAAGGCAACACUUAAGAAUCACAUGAGAGUUCACUCUGGAAAGAGGCCUUACAAAUGUGAUCAGUGUGGAAAGAGUUUCUUCCAUAAAGAAAACCUUAAUGAUCACAUGAGAAUUCACACUGGAGAGAAGCCUUUCACAUGUACUCAUUGUGGAAAAUGUUUCAGACGUAAAAGUAGCCUUCUGAAUCACACCAAAAUUCAUAAUAGAGAGAAGCUUUACACAUGCCCUAAGUGUGGCAAGGAUUUCAAAUAUCAAGCAGUCUUAGUAGGUCAUUUGAAGAUGCAUUCAGGAGAGAAAUUACACCAUUGUUCUCAAUGUGACAAGAGUUUCAUUUAUGCAAGUUAUCUCCAAAAACACCUCAAAACUCACACGAACGAGAGGCUCCAUGUGUGUUAUCAUUGUUGUAAAAGCUUUAAAUGUAUCCAGAAUUUAAAAGAGCACCAGAAAAUACAUACUGGUGAGAAACAUAUAUAGUGGUGAUGCAUGGAUAACUGAAAAGUCUGUCAAGAGGCAAAGAUCAAGAGGCAAAAAAAAGAGUGCUAUGGUGUUGAAAGCUUAUGACACUUUUCCACUGCACGUUACGGUUUGACACGACUCUUCUCGCUUUACUUUUCUGAGCUUGCUUUUCCACUGCUAUUUGGUGCUGCAUCAACGUAUGUGGGAUUAUAGGCUGAUCGUUAUAGUUGCGCCGCCUCUACUGCUGUGACAUCAUCUUAAACGCGACACUAAACAAUAACACUACCGCUAGCUGUUAGCUACUAGCUAAUUGUACUGCAUAAAGCAGUUGUUGCAUGGCCAUUUUACACAAGUGUAACAGUUAAAUUGGCCCGGUUGUUUUAGAAGCAAGCUUUCCAGUAGCUGGUCAACUAAAUAAAGUGAAGCUUUCAAGCAGAGUAUAGAGUUAACGUACCAUUCUCCAUUGUGGACUCCAGUCUUGGCUGAGUCUAGGGCACUCUCCCUCCCAUUGCUCGCCAGUCUAGAUAGUGUCCAUUUGGUCGAACCACUUCCACUUUUCUUUGAUGAUUCUGUAGUCACUUAAGUUUUUAUUUUUGUACUUUUCCUUACACUGUUGGUUGGUCCGGUGGUAGCCGUGUCUCAGCUGUGUGGCCAACAGCUGAGACACUUCCUGAAAGACUUUUCAGUUUCGUUCGUCGCUAACGAGAGGAAGGUCUGUACCUCGUUUUAUUGACCACAGCGUGGUUUUUUGCACAGCCAUUUCUUUUUACAAUUCAAAUGUUGCAUGAAUAAAUGAUACUGCUAUCGCUGUAGCUAACUUUAAAACUAGGGGGUUGAUGUCCUGUGUCAAAAAUCCAGUGACGCUGGUAGUGAAGAUUCUCUCUGACCAAUCAGUGAUAUGCAGGGUUUUGACAUCACAUUCAGUAUCAGCUCGGCUGGCUUGGAACCUCGACCGAGGUGGUACUAUAAACAUUACCAGGUACUAUCCACAAUGGAAAACCCUGAAUCGAGUUGUACCGUGCAGUGGAAAAGCCCCAUUAGAGUUAGUACACACAAAAAUUCUGUAAUCAUUUACUCUCAUGUUGUUCCAAACCUAUAACUUACUUCCAUGUGUCACAAGUGAAGAUCUUAAGCAGAAUUUCCAGAUUGCUCCUUUUAUGGGGACUAGGGCAACAUAAAGGUAUUCCACAUACAGUACAUAUUGUGUGCUAUAUUCUAAGUGAUCUGAAGCAAUACAAUAGCUUUGUACGAGGAACAGACUGAAAUUUAAGACUUCCUUUAUUUCUUUAGAUGCAUUCUCUGGUUUAUGUUAUAUCUAUUCCUACUGUUUGUCAAACUUGGGUACAUUAAUAAUUUCAUUUAUUUGUAUUAUAAUUAUGGCCACAAAUGUGUAGUACAUCAUGAAAUUACCAGAAAUAAAAAGAGGCCAAAUCUUGUUUUGUGUGGCCUAUUUAAUCAGCACAUUUCAAAAUAUUUAAGGAAAGUCAAAGAUUUUCAAUAUUGUAUCUCAACUCUGUAGUUUAGGCCUAUAUCUAUAGAUUUGCUUGGAAGCAUAAGCCAGUUGAUGGUACGUGGAUUAUUGAUUACCUGAAUGUGAUUUGACACAAUCUUAAAUUGUUCUGUUGAAACUCAAGUUUAAUAGCAGGCUUUUUUUAAUGUAAAUUAUGGCUCGGAAAAAUAACGUUAAUUUCUGCGAUUAAUGCGGUAUGUUUAAUGUGUUAAAUGAAUGCAAUUUAUGUGGCAUUAAUGUUUACCCACUUCCUUAGGGGCUGUGUAGACCAAACGCUUUUUUAUUUUUGCUAAAAAGCUAGAUGCAUUUCAACCAAUCAAGCAUAGCGCAUGUGUCUCGAUACGUGUUUAACAGAUACAUUUCUUUUUAUCUUGACAUAGCAUCUAAAAAAUGCAACAUCUUGUUAGAGAUACAAAUGCAGUAUUGUGGUCAAUGCCUUCCAUCGAGUGCAUGUUUACACAGGAAAAUUAUUAAAAAAAACAGCACAGGCAGAUGCAAAAAAAAACCUUUUGGGGUAAACGGAACCUUAUUCACAUGACACAGCACUAGUUUCUCAAGGUUACCUCUCUUUCAAACUAUUGUAGGUAAUGUCCACUUUAUCCAGCACUCUGUUUGUUUUCUUUGUUCCAAAGUAUCUCUGUGAUGCCACUUUAAAUGAUUCAGUGAAUGUGCAGUCCAAAUGAAUUGGACUGAACCACAGAUCAAUUUUACAGACAAGUUUGGCUAAUUCAUAAAAAAAUUUGAACUCAGAAUAAUUAUUAUUCGACAAAUCGGGCAUUGCUAGUUAUAAGUCUUAACUGCCCACAGAAAAAGGGGACACAUGUCAUGAUUGCUGAAGUAAUCCACACAUUGGAACACAAGAAAUCAGCAGUUUCUUUCUAUAGGACUGAAAAUCCAUGUCUCUCCGUGCAUAUGUCUCAUCAUCAUUUCUCUCCAUGCAGCGUAGACUGUUUAACAUGCACGUGCUCUCGUAAAGGGACAGAGCAUUAGUUUUAUUCAAAAUGUAAACAUUAAUUCGACAUGAUAACGCCAUUUUAUAUGAAAAGAAGCAUGAUAACUAUGGCUAUUAGGCUAUUAUUAUCAGAGCUGUUCAGCUGCAGGGUGAAGAUGAAUAUUUGAAACAGUCGACUUCAUAAUUUCAUCCUCAUAAAACACCUGUUGUCUAAUUUCUGUACCAUACAGGUAAUUUUGAUUUUGUUCUUUGUAUAUCAGUCAGUGUUGGUCUUGUUUGGGUUUUCUGCUUUCAUGACGCACAUUACACAUUGUGAAUUGAAAUAAUUGAAUAAUCUUUGAUCUUUCUUGUUAAAACGUUACACAUGGGCAAAAGUUGCAUGACAGCAUGACUAAAUGGGUGAACGAAAACCCAUCAUCUCCACAUAACUCUUGGCUUAAAAACACAUGAGUAAAUGGCAGGACGUCUGAGGUUGAUAUGGUGUAUUUAUACAUUUAUCUCUGUAAAGCGCAUAUAUGGAAUUACAUAAGGCAUAAAUCAUAUCUUGCAAAUUAUAAAUGUGAUACAAUUUUGGGGAACAUAGUAUUUUUUUUUUCUCCCCAAUUUGGAAUGCCCAAUGCGCUCAAAGUCCUUGUGGUGGCGUAGUGACUCACGUAAAUCUGGGUGGUGGAGGACGAAUCUUAGUUGCCUCUGCAUCUGAGAAAAUCAAUCCACGCAUCUUAUCACGUGGCUUCUUGAGCGCAUUACUGCAGAGACAUAGCGUGUGUGGAGGCCCACGCUAUUCUCCACGGCAUCCACACACAACUCGCCACACGCCCCAACGAGAGCGAGAACCACACAUUAUAGUGACCACAAGGAGGUCUCCACUCCCUAGCAACCAGGCCAAUUUGGUUGCUUAGGAGACCUGGCUGGAGUCACUCAGCGCACUCUGGAAUCAAACUCGUGACACCGGGGGGGGGGGGGGUCAGCGUCUUUACUCGCUGAGCCACCCAGGCCACUGGGGGACAUUGUAUUAAAAACAUAAAAUAUGUAAAAAUUAUCUUCUGACAUAUUUUUUAAAGCCAUGAUGGUAAAUACAGCUAUUUGUCAUUUUUGUGUUGGGGCCAGUGAAUAUUUUGGCGGGGCCAGUCAAAAUCUGAAGCACUGGCCCAACAAGCCAGUAAAAAUAAUUCUUAGCAGUGAGCCCUGCAACACAACACUUCAUAUUUAUUUCCACUGAUUUUAGGGGUAAAUUAUAUAUAUAUAUGAUAUAUUACAUUUUUACUUUAUACAGUCAUCUUAUUUUGUGUAUAUUGUAUAUUAUUAGGUGUAUAUUGUGUUGUGUAACGUGUAAAUUAUUGUAAAACAGAUGUGUUGUGUAACAGAUGUGUAAAUCAGAUGUUUAUUGUAAUUGUCAUAUUGCUAUGUUGCUUGGAACCGCAUGCAAGACUUUCACCCACUGUUGCACAUGUGUAUAUGGUUGAGUGACAAUAAAGGGAUUUGAUUUGAUUUGAACGUUAUGGAAACGGAACCCUUCUAAUUUGUCAGCAAAUUAAAGAGCACCGGAUAAGUGUUGAUUAUAUUGCCUGUAUGCACUGUAAAGUCUUUAUAACUUCAUCCUUUUUGUGUAAUAGAGGCGAGUAGUUAUUAGUUUGAUGAUUUAUUUUUUAGUAAGGAACAUCAAAAUUAUUAUUAUUUAAGUGAAUCAAGAGUAAGCAAACAAUAAUUUUCAAAUGUAUUUUCUGCCUGCAAUGAGGGCAACAUUAAUAAUAAACUAGAUUGCUAGUCUGAAAGUAGAUAGAUAGAUAGAUAGAUUGAUUGAUUGAUUGAUUGAUGAUUUGAUUGAUUGAAUAGGAUAGGAUAGGAUAGGAUAGGGUGUGUGCGCGUCCGGAAAGUAUUCACAGCGCAUCACUUUUUCCACAUUUUGUUAUGUUACAGCUUUAUUCCAAAAUGGAUUAUAAUCAUUAUUUUCCUCAAAAUUCUUCAAACAAUACCCCAUAAUGACAACGUGAAAGAAGUUUGUUUGAAAUCUUUGAAAAUGUAUUACAAAUAAAAUUUAAAUCACAUGUACAUGUA